AUGGGUGGUGUCUCUCUUCAGCACCCAUGGGCCUUUGCCUUUGGCCUCCUAGGCAACGUCAUCUCCUUCAUGACCUACCUGGCUCCACUGCCGACGUUCUACCGGAUCUACCGGAGCAAGUCGACUCAGGGGUUCCAGUCGGUCCCGUACGUGGUGGCGCUCUUUAACGCGAUGCUGUGGAUCUACUACGCUCUUCUCAAGUCCAACGAGUGUCUCCUCAUCACCAUCAACUCCGCCGGCUGCAUCAUCGAGACCAUCUACAUCGUCAUCUACCUCACCUACGCACCAAAGCAAGCCAAGCUCUUCACGGCGAAGAUCCUCCUCCUCCUGAAUGUGGGCGUGUUCGGCCUCAUCCUCCUCCUCACCCUGCUCUUGUCAGAGGGCGAGAAGCGCGUCGUCAUGCUCGGGUGGGUCUGCGUCGGCUUCUCCGUCAGUGUCUUCAUUGCGCCCCUCAGCGUCAUCCGUCUUGUCGUGCGCACCCGAAGCGUAGAGUUCAUGCCCUUUUCCCUCUCCCUCUCCCUCACCAUUAGUUCCGUCGUAUGGUUCCUCUACGGCCUCCUCAUCAAGGACAAAUACGUCGCUCUGCCCAACAUUCUUGGGUUCGCCUUCGGUGUGAUCCAGAUGGGGCUCUGUGCCGUCUACCGCAACGCCACACCCACAACAGCACCCAAGGACGUCGACGACCCCAUGACUAACCAUGGUACUACCGUCAAGGCGCCCGAGCACGUUGUCCACAUCGCUAAGCUCGGCCCGGUGGCUGGCCUCGAGCUGAACACACACUAUCCUGUCAAACCGGGGAUGCCGCCACCGAUGAAGGAGAACGGCAAGGCCCAUGCCAGCGUCAUGACCAAGGGGAGCGUUGACAAGGUUGACAAGGCAACGCACAUCGAACAAGUCUAG